AUUCUUUGUAUACCUGCUUAGAAGAUGGUAGUUUUCCUGAGAGUUAGUCACUGAAUAAGAUUUCUGGUCUACAUCUUAGCGUUCCAUGAUUUCUAUCUUCCUGUGCCAUGUCAUCUCUGUGGUUUGUUGUUUUUCACUUCUCACAUUUUUUGAAGUUGUCUCUUGUUUUUUUUGUGCAAGCUUGUUGGAUGUGAAAUUAGAGAAAGCGGUUUUUGAAUUUUGCAGUUUUUUUUUUGGAGAGUAGUACCAGGCCGGAUGAAAUCGUUUUCAUUUUCAUAAAGAAUGGCCAGACUAACUAUAUGACUACCAUUUAUCGCUCUAUACAUUAUAAAUUUGUAAUUGUGAACAUUAUAAGUUGUGAUUUUAGUGUAUGAAACUGAACAAUAAAACUGGAGGCCUCUCUGAAAGUUAUAAUGAGUGGUAAUAACAAAAAUACAAUCAGGUUUCACCAGUACCAUGGUGAAAACAUAGUGCUUUCAGAAGAUAAUACUGUGGCAUACAGAAACAGGAGUUUUGCAAAUGCAGUUACAUUCAGUGAAAGACCACUGCAACCGGGGGAGAUUUUUUUAGUGGAAAUAGAACAAAAUGAAAGUGGCUGGAGUGGACACAUGAGGCUAGGUCUAACCCAACUUGAUCCACAUACCAUAUAUCGCACUGGCUCUAUUCCACAGUUUGCUUUGCCAGAUCUGGCAGAGUCAGGCAGAUCAUGGAUAUAUGGCAUAAGUAAAGCUCAUAAUUAUUGCAUCUUUCCUCCUACUUUACCAUCUAACGUCAGUUUCCGAAAAGGAAUAACUAGCGCAUUUCAGACAAUGAAUGGUGAAAACAGCUUUAUCAAAACUUGUCGUGGGUCCUUGCCACUCAGCUUAUUAAAGCCAUUAAGAUCUCCAUGUGAAGAUAUCCUUCCUACUGACAUGGGAAGCCGAAUUGGGGUUAUAUAUGUGCCAACAGAUCCACAGCAUGCGAAUAUGCAUUAUAUCAUUAAUGGUGAAGAUCAAGGACCUUGCAUAAGAGGCAUUCCAUUCACAACGGCACCACUACAUGUUGUUGUUGAUGUCUAUGGUACCACCAAGAAAGUACGGAUUGUACAGUUGUAUGUUGUUCCUAGUCUGCAGUCAGCUUGUCGAGAUGCCAUCCUUCAGCACAUAACAAAAAAUGCAAUCUCAUCACUCCCUCUACCCAAAAUGUUAAAGGAAUACUUACUUUACCAGACUUGAGUAUUAAAUAUAUGUGUAAAGACUCUUGUGAAGCAUGGUGUUGAAACAGGCCUUAUGGAUGAGGUCAGUCUUUACAGGAGGAUAUGCUAAAUUGGGAUAUGCAUUGUUUUUCCAGUCAUUUCUUUUGAGAAAAGAAAGUAAUAUUUUGAAUUUUAAAAGUUUAUUGUUAUUCCUGAACAUAUAUUGAAUGUUGCUACAUUAUUUUUGUGUAGUAUAAGUGAAUGCCUUUUAUAUGAAUUUUAUCAUUUUUUUCUUUCUUAAAUGAUGUAAACCCCUUUUUGAUAAUAAAACUAUAAAAUUUA